GAUAUUUGGGAUGGCGGGUGUUGGUUAAUGACUUGACAAGCCGCGCGGUUUGUUUUAUCAGAUCAGGCAUAACUUUGGACAUCUAUGUGGUCGAGAUGAGGGCCGUUUCAUUUCUAGAUAAAGUAGAGUACGAAUUUGUGGGCAACUUUCUGCAGCAUGCGAUAUGUCUCGGAGAUGUUGACAACGACAAGAACAUUGAACUGGUGGCCGGCAACCUUCAGGGGGAUCUUGCUGUCUUCAAGUUCCAGCAACCUAGACCGUGGGCUCUGGCAUCGAACUUGGGGGCGGUGGCUGCUGUGAUCGUUGGCGACAUCCUGAAUGAUUCUCAGAACAAGGUCCUCAGCAUCAGCUGUGAUGGCUGGUGUCAUAUGUUCGCUCUGCAGGCAGACACAAAUGAGGAUGAUCGGAAGCAGCUCCAGCCUUUCCAUAGCCAGAGAUUGCCCGCAAACACAAAGAUGGCCCUGCUGGCUGACAUCAACAAGGAUGGGAAGAUGGAGCUAAUCCUUGGCCUGACUGAUCGUGUUGUGAGGACAUACCAGUGGAGUUCACUAAGCGAGGGUGGCACCGAAAGCCAGGGCAAGCUGGUAGGCCUGCACAAGUGGGAGUUUGCAAAUCAGGUAGGCAACAUCUCGCUCAACAAUACACCUGAAGGGGGCCUGGCCAUUCUGGUUGCGCAGCCUGGUGGCACCUACAUCAAGCUCGACUUUGGCUCAUCUAAGGCUUGUCAACCCCAUGAGAGCAGUCCUGGUGAAACUGCUGCAAGUAAUGGAGUGGCAGCCGAAGACAGUGCCCUGCUGAUGUCAGUGAGUCCGCAGCACCACAAGCUGGGCUUGUCCCACAUGCGCAAUCCCAAUGUGUCGUCGGUCAUUGCGGGCAGCAUCCUGGGCACCACCCGUGCCGGGGAGCCGGUCAGCUCCCUCAUGGCUCUGGCCACGUUGGACGGCACGCUAAUGCUGGUUGACGACGGAGACAACAUCCUGUGGUCCCUGCAGGUGGACCACCAGCUAUUCGCCCUCACCAAGAUGGAUGUGGUGUGUGAUGGCCGUGAAGAGGUUAUAGCGUGUGCGUGGGAUGGCCAGACAUACAUUGUCAACGAAGAACGGCAAUCGGUGCGUUUCCAGUUUGACGAGGCAGUGUGCACAUUCACGGCAGGCAAUCUCUCGCUGAGUGCUGGUGAGACACAACCCUGCCUCGUGUACGCUACAUUCAACAAUCGCAUCGUGGUCUACUACAAUAUCACCUUCACAAACAUGGCCACGCAGUCGUUGCUCGAUGAUGUUCAGCUCGUGGCCGCAGUUAAUGAACUGGUUCCAGAUGUGGACCCUCGUAAAUUUCUCCAGUGGUGUCUGUAUGGAUCUCGGCCUCUGCUGGGGGAUCAAGCUUCAUCUGAUGCUUCAGAGCAUCCCAAGGAAGGCACCGACCCAGGUGGAGCAACAGAAGUGGUGUAAUGAGCCUACAGGUCCGACGGUUAUCCUGAGAUGCACCGGUCACGGCACUGUGAGCUUUGGGUGUUUCGUUUCAACAUUGAUAGCAUCUCUGCCACCUUAAAAUAGUUGCUUUAGGGGCGCAUUGUUAAAGGGAAACUAAAGGCAACUAAAGGGACAAUAAAGGCAACUGUUAAGUUUACGUUGAUUAUUGAAAUAGCGGUCCAUAAACCUCGUAGUGUGAUGUUUGUGUCAAGGAAGGCCUAUUUUGAAAUAAAAUCACGUUUUAGUGGUUCGCA